UAUUGAGGAUAUAGUGUGAACAAAAGAUAUGGGGAUCCUUGCUUUAAGGGGAACAGGAAAUGCGCACAGAAACAAAGUCAGGGCUGUGAAGAAACUAAACCAAAGUGAUGUGCUUGUGGAGGUGACAUUUGGGCUGGGUGGAAGGGGAAAGCCUCUGUGAAGAGCUGAAAUGUAAAGGUAAGAAGCCAGGCAUGUGGAGUGCUGGGAGAAGGAGCACUCCAGAAGGAAAGGGAAGGCAGUAGGCAUGAAGGCUCUGCAACGGAAAGGGAGAUGGCAUGUUGAGGGAAGAGCAAGGAGGCUGGAGUGGCUGGAGCACAGUGAGUGGGGACCUGGAGAAGAGUAUGGGCUGAAGGGGGAAAGACUGGCAGGGACCCAAUGAUGAACAGCCUUGUAGGCCAUGAUUUUAUUCUGAAGCAAUUGAGGAGUCUUAGGGAAGAGAGGGAUGAGAUUUUGCUUCCUUUUAAAAAAAAGAUUAAUCACCCUGGCUGUUUUCUGAACAAUGGGUUGUAGGGGGAAGACUGGAAGCAAGGAGGCCAGAUAUCAGACCAGGAGACUGAUAAUGGGGCCUUGGACCAGGUUGGUGGUUCUGGAAAUUGAGGGAAGUUGAUCAAUGGGAGAUAGAACCUAUAGGACUUGCUGAUGGAUGGAAGGUGGGGGUAGGAGGAAGGGUACAUAGACUCUGGCUUUCUGACUCUCCUAACUGGAUGGAGAAUGGUUCCAUUUAGUAUGUUACCUGGGGGAGGUGACUGGGGAAGGAUCAGGUAGAAGGAGCCGUUUGAAAGUUUGAGGUAUCUAUUUAGAUAAAGUGGUGGUGUCAGGUGAGCUGUUGGAAAUGUGAAUCUGGAGUUUGGGCCACAGAUAUCUGCCUUUUCCAAGUUGGGGGUGUGGUGAGGAGGUGUUGGGCCAUGGAUGGGUGAGGAGGAUGAGGAAAGUGUGUGUGCAGAUCCUCAGAAAGCAGUGCCAGGGCGGGGAUAGGGGGUAUGUCCUGGGGUGUAGAAUCUUAAGGGCAGGCCCUAAAGGCGAUAGGGGCUUUCUGGGUUGCAAGUCCCCACUCAUCGCCCAGCUCAUGCCCACUCGCUGGUUUCGUUUUCGUUGGCCCUGUCUUUUCCUCUGGUACUGGUUCCUUCCUGGCUCCAGGCGUCUUUCUCACCCUCACUCACGCUGGCUUUUCCAGUUCAGUGGGAAUUGGGAAAAGGUCUGAGAUCAGCCCUGUUUCUCUCAUCACACGCAUCUGCGCUCAGGCAUCCAGUGAUUCAGUUUCCCUGGUUACAGAUUGAGUUCCUCACUAUCCUUCACCCGUCGCAUCGGGAUUGGAGAUCUGCAUAUGUAAAUGAAUGAUUAGCAAUAAUUACGAGCUAAGUCAGCAGCGCUCCACCAGAAAUAGAACCCAGGCGUCUUGACACAGAAACCUGGGGUUCCCCCUACCGCCCAGCGGACGCGGCGUCCACAGGGCGGCGCGGACCCUUUCCGGGGUAUUCUCAGCAAUAACAGAGGUUUAGUUCCUGCCGCUCUUGGCGCUUCGCGGCCCAGCGAAGAGACUGAUCAGGCGUGGGGCGAGGGCGGAGCUGGGUCAGAUCCUGGGCGGGGCUUAGCUGUGGGCGGGGCUUCCUCGAGUUCCGGAGUCGAGUUGCUGCCUGGGCCGGAGCGGAGAUGCAGCCGCCGCCCCGAAAAGUGAAGCCAUCCCAGGAGGUGAAGCUUCGCUUCUUGGAGCAGCUGAGCAUCCUUCAGACCCGGCAGCAGAGAGAGGCGGACCUACUGGAGGAUAUCAGAUCCUACAGCAAGCAGAGGGCAGCCAUUGAACGGGAGUAUGGGCAGGCACUCCAGAAACUGGCUGGGCCAUUUCUGAAGAGGGAAGGACACCGGAGUGGCGAGAUGGACAGCAGACUUUCUCUGGGGAGAGGCAGGAUGGUGUUUGGUGCCUGGCGCUGCCUGCUGGAUGCCACCAUGGCUGGGGGCCAAGCCCGGCUCCAGGCAUCUGACCGAUACCGUGACCUGGCAGGAGGCACAGGGCGGAGCGCUAAGGAGCAGGUGCUUAGGAAGGGAGCAGAGAACCUCCAGAGGGCACAGGCCGAGGUGCUGCAGUCUGUCCGGGAGCUGAGCCGAAGUCGAAAGCUGUAUGGGCAGCGUGAACGGGUGUGGGCCUUGGCACAGGAGAAGGCGGCUGAUGUCCAGGCCAGGCUUAACCGAAGUGACCAUGGCCUCUUCCACACUCGGACCAGUCUCCAGAAACUCAGCACCAAGCUGUCUGUCCAGUCGGCCCAGUACUCCCAGCAGCUGAGAGCGGCCCGCAAUGAGUACCUGCUCAACUUGGUGGCCACCAAUGCCCACCUUGACCACUACUACCAGGAAGAACUGCCGGCCGUGCUCAAGGCCCUGGUCAGCGAGCUGUUGGAACACCUGAGGGACCCGCUGACUUCACUGAGCCGCACUGAGCUGGAAGCUGCAGAGAUGGCUCUGGAGCAUGCCCACCGUGGGGGGCAGGCGACCUCCCAGGUAAGCUGGGAGCAGGAUCUGGAGCUUUUUCUUCAGGAGCCUGGAGUAUUUUCCCCCACCCCACCUCAGCAGUUUCAGCCAGCAGGGACUGAUCAGGUGUGUGUCCUGGAGCUGGAGCGGGGCGCAGGAGGUGUGGCCGGGGAGAGUGGCCUGGAGAAAGAAGUUCAACGCUGGACGAGCCGAGCUGCCCGAGACUACAAGAUCCAGAACCAUGGGCAGCGGGUCCUGCAGCGGCUGGAGCAGAGGCGGCAGCAGGCUUCAGAGCGGGAGGCUCCAGGCAUAGAACAGCGGCUGCAGGAAGUGAGAGAGAGCAUCCGGCGGGCACAGGUGAGCCAGGUGAAGGGGGCUGCCCGGCUGGCCCUGCUGCAGGGGGCUGGCCUGGAUGUGCAGCGCUGGCUGAAGCCAGCCAUGACCCAGGCCCAGGAUGAGGUGGAGCAGGAACGACGGCUCAGCGAGGCCCGGCUGUCCCAGAGGGACCUCUCUCCCACGGCUGAGGAUGCUGAGCUGUCUGACUUUGAGGAAUGUGAGGAGACUGGGGAGCUCUUUGAGGAGCCUGCCCCACCAGCCCUGGCCACCAGGCCCCUCCCCUGCCCUGUCCAUGUGGUGUUUGGCUAUCAGGCAGGACAUGAGGAUGAGCUGACCAUCACAGAGGGCGAGUGGCUGGAGGUCAUAGAGGAGGGAGAUGCCGACGAAUGGGUCAAGGCUCGGAACCAGCACGGUGAGGUAGGCUUUGUCCCUGAGCGGUAUCUCAACUUCCCGGACCUCUCCUUCUCUGAGAGCAGCCAUGACAGCGACAAUCCUUCGGGGGCAGAGCCCACAGCGUUCCUGGCCCGCGCCCUGUACAGCUACACGGGACAGAGCGCAGAGGAACUGAGCUUUCCCGAGGGGGCACUUAUCCGCCUGCUGCCCCGGGCCCAGGAUGGAGUGGAUGACGGCUUCUGGAGGGGAGAAUUUGGGGGCCAUGUUGGGGUCUUCCCCUCCCUGCUGGUGGAGGAGCUACUUGGCCCCCCAGGGCCAUCUGAACUCUCAGACCCUGAACAGAUGCUGCCAUCCCCUUCCCCUCCCAGCUUCUCCCCUCCUGCACCCACCUCUGCCUUGGAUGGGUCGCCUGCACCUGUCCUGCCCGGUGACCAAGACCUGGACUGCCCUGGACCCCUGGACGUGAUGGCGCCUCGACUCAGGCCGAUGCGUCCACCGCCUCCCCCGCCAGCUAAAGCCCCGGAUCCUGGCCACCCAGAUCCUCUCACCUGAAGCCAGGGGGAAUCACUUUCCCCCAGUGAUGCUGCUGCCCCUAUCUCCGUGCUAUCAGAGACCACCCCUCCCC